ACGCUGCUCAUGCUCAACGUCUGUACCUUUGUUGGCUUGUGGUAUUGAACGGGCGAAGGUGAAAGUCAUCCAAUUGUGCGAAAAGUUGAGAGUGAACCUUGCAUCACCAUUAUGUCAUCUUGUGGGCUUUUUACUGCACACACGCAGCUGUGCAAGCGGUUGGUGACUUUACAUCAGCGUCUGUCAAGAAACUACACGUCACAUCCGGCUCUAAAUGAAGUGGUCAUCGUCAGUGCUGUUCGGACUCCUAUGGGGUCGUUCAGAGGAAGCCUUUCAUCUGUUCCAGCUACCAGACUAGGUUCCAUAGCAAUCAAAGCAGCUGUUGAGCAAGCAGGUAUCCCUCUGGAUGCUGUCCAGGAGGUCUACAUGGGAAAUGUGCUCCAAGCAGGCGAAGGGCAAGCCCCCACAAGACAGGCUCUCCUUGGUGCAGGCCUGCCCAUUUCGACACCAGCAACCACAAUUAAUAAGGUCUGUGCCUCUGGCAUGAAGUCCAUCAUGAUGGCGUCUCAAAGUUUGAUGUGUGGACAUCAGGAUGUGAUGGUGGCGGGGGGGAUGGAGAGCAUGUCCAGUGUACCCUAUAUAAUGGCUCGACAGACACCCUCCUACGGUGGGAUACAUAUGGAGGACCUCAUUGUGAGAGAUGGUCUCACCGACGUCUACAACAAGUUUCACAUGGGAAAUUGUGCAGAAAACACGGCCAAAAACUGCGGUAUUUCAAGGGAGGAACAGGAUGCUUAUGCCAUCAAGUCCUACAGCCAGAGCAAGGCUGCGUUCCAGUCAGGGGUUCUUGCUAAGGAGAUCGUUCCUGUUACCAUUCCUCAGAAAGGCAAGCCUGACGUUGUGGUGAAAGAAGAUGAAGAAUGGCGAAAGGUGGACUUCAGCAAAGUUCCCAAGCUGAGAGCAGUAUUUCAGCGAGAGAAUGGUACAGUGACGGCUGCAAACGCCAGCACUCUGAAUGAUGGUGCUGCCGCUCUGGUCUUGAUGACUGCAGAUGCUGCAAAAAGACUGAAUGUCACUCCACUUGCCAGGAUUGUUGGUUUUGCUGAUGCUGCAACUCAUCCGAUUGAUUUCCCGAUUGCUCCGGCUUUUGCGGUUCCAAAGGUUCUUGAGAUGUGUGGGCUGAAGAAAGAUGAUAUUUCAAUGUGGGAGAUCAAUGAAGCGUUCAGUGUGGUGGUUUUGGCCAACAUGAAAAUGCUUGACAUUGAUCCCAGUAAAGUGAAUGUCAAUGGAGGAGCCGUGUCUCUUGGCCAUCCAAUUGGCAUGUCUGGAACUAGAAUAGUGGGUCACAUGGUCCACCAUCUGAAGUCGGGCCAGUAUGGACUCGCAGGCAUCUGUAAUGGAGGCGGCGGCGCGUCUACUGUCCUUAUUCAGAAAUGUUAGUAUGUUUUAGUCACUUCAACUGAACGACAAUGUCUGAAAAAUGUAGGCGUUUAGCCCACUGAUAACAUAUCAGCACAGUGAUGUGUACAAACAUACUGUGACUAAACACCACCAUGAAUAUAACAUAAGAGUGAAAGCUUUAUGGCUAAUGUUUUUGAAACCAAUCACUCCAGAAUUGACUUUAACUCCAUGUUUGUCUAUUUAAAUCAACUGCCAGAGGAAGGCCUUUCUUUAUAGUGUGUGUGUGUGCACUUAGAUCUGUUACAUCUACCUUUCACAGUUCAAUUAUUGAAAGAACUGAUAGUUGAAGUGGUGCAAUGAAUCUCAAUGGGAAUAUUUGAAUGUAUCUGUGAUUUUGGGAAGACGGGAAUAAUAUGUUGCUGGAAUUGUAUUUCUCUGCAGUAGAGGGACAGGUUUGGGAUGCGAAUAAGAACCCACCUGAGUGAGUCUCAUGAUGCACACAUGAGCGCUGAUGCCUUCUAGUCUGGUCUGUUUGUUUCCUCUGUACUUGACAUGCUUGUACUGUAUUGCUCUGCUUCUUGUGAGCGCCAAAACACUCUUCAUUUGUGGUAGUCCCAAAAUAAAAUCUGAGGUGUUUGA